GCACCCUAAGGAGCCAAGACGGGCAGUACCUGCUGAACCAGCUUAGUUAAAUUGUUCCCAUGGCCUGAAGGGGCCUGUCGACAGGACUGGAGAUUCCAACCCAGAAACAGGGUAAUUUGUUGCAGCCGUUCAGUGUUUCCAGCCCUGGACCGCAAUUAAAACCGUGUCUUUCGGGACCAAGAGCCAGUGUGUAGGGAUUGCAGGGUCCUGGGAGACAGGAUCCAGGAUCUGAGCCAGCGGUCACCUGUAGUGGGCGCCGCACAGGGGUGUCCUACCCUUCUUUUCUUCAGCAACUUGGGUUUUUCUGCUUGACUGCCCGAUGUUCUCAGACAGCAUGCUGGCGGUGCACUUUGACCAGCUAGGGGGACCAGAAAACCUCUACCUGAAGGAGGUGCCCAAGCCGAGCCCAGGAGAGGGUGAAGUCCUCCUGAAGGUAGCAGCCAGCGCCCUGAACAGGGCUGACUUACUCCAGAGAGUGGGCCAGUAUGCCCCACCCCCAGGAGCCAGUAGCAUUUUGGGACUUGAAGCAUCGGGACAAGUGGCUGAGCUGGGGCCUGGCUGCCAGGGACACUGGAAGGUCGGGGAUUUGGCCAUGGCUUUGCUGCCUGGGGGAGGCCAAGCUCAGUACGUCACUGUUCAUGAAGAUCUCCUUAUGCCUAUCCCGGAAGGACUGACCCUGAAUCAAGCUGCAGCCAUCCCAGAGGCCUGGAUUACUGCCUUUCAGCUCUUACAUCUCGUAGGCCACGUUCAGGUUGGAGACUUAGUGCUGAUCCACGCAGGAUCAAGUGGUGUGGGCACAGCUGCCAUCCAGCUGACUCGGAAGGCUGGCGCUAUUCCUCUGGUUACAGCCGGCUCCCCGCAUAAGCUUCAAAUGGCGGAAAAGCUUGGGGCUGCUGCUGGAUUCAAUUAUAGAGAAGAUUUUUCUGAAGCGACAUUGAGAGUCACUAACGGUGUUGGAGUGGAUCUUAUUCUAGACUGCAUAGGCGGAUCCUAUUGGGAGAAGAAUAUCAACUGCCUGGCUCUGGAUGGUCGCUGGGUUGUCUACGGUUUAAUAGGAGGAGGGGACGUCAGUGGGCCCCUGCUUUCAAAACUACUCUUUAAGCGAGGGAGUCUGAUCACUAGUUUGUUGCGAUCUAGGGAUAAUAAGUACAAACAGACAGUGGUGAAAACUUUCACGGAGCAGAUUCUGCCCUACUUCUCCAAGGACAGCCCCCAACCUCUGCUGCCGGUUCUGGACAGAGUCUACCAGGCGACCGAUAUUCGAGCGGCCCACGAGUACAUGGAGGCUAACAAGAACGUGGGCAAGAUCAUCUUGGAGCUGCCCCAGUGAAGGAAGACUCCAGAGCAAAUUUGGAGUGGGUUCUUCUCCCAGGUCCGCCCCUGUAAAGCUGUUCUAACGAAAUAAAAAGAGUGUAUAUGAA